ACAUCACUGUGGUGUAGUGGAGGGCAACAUGAAAGCAGGACAGAUAAGAUAUUGGUGGGAGAAUCCCGACCUACCCAAUUACAGCGGAGGUGUUCCGGUAGCCAACGAGCCUUCCCUCUCACCGGUUUAUAGUCUUGCCAUGCAUUCUGAUGCACUCUGGUCGAUCGCUGGCACCAAUCGUGGACAUAUUAAUAUGUUCACUGUGCGUCAUGAACCAGGUCGACUCUUCUAUGUGAUACCAAAUGCGCAUCGCGGGCCUAUAUCAGCUCUUUCUUUGGACCAUAACGAAAAAGGUCUUUUCAGCGCAGGUUGGGAUGGUGAAGCUAUUCAAUGGGAUCUUAACACUGGACAACUGGUACGAAAGUUCACAGUCCAUGGCGCACAACUUGUGAAUAUCGCUGUGAGACCGCUGGGUACUCCAUAUUAUGGCAUAAGUCCAACAUCCUCCGCGGAACCAGAUGGGGCUCCUUAUUCUUACCACGACGCGGGAUACUCAUUUCCUUCUGGUCAGAAUGAUUCCGAGGCUCCGCAAGAGAAAAGUAUAGCUCCCGACAUUCUACCCGAGGGAGUUUCCGAUAGUGCCGAAACAGCUCAACCUUCGAACGCAACAACCGUAAGACAGGCUGCAACUAGUGACCCACAGAAUCAAGAUGCUGAUUCGAAAUCUGAUGCAUCUUUCGACCCCCUGUUCGAUGAUGAACCGGAUGCUGAUGGAGAACCGGACAACGACAGUGUCAAACUAGAAGGGAGUGUAGCGCGUGACCAACUUCCACAGAAAGACUCAACGAUGAACCCUGCAAGUGUCCCACCGAAUUCUAACAUAACGGGAGCAAAUCCUGUCAAUAAUUUGCAUCCGCCAUCGCAGACAAUGGGACGGACAUCUACGGUAUCAGCUGCGCCUCCAAAAAAUGCGCCUCCUGCGUUUGAUCCCUCGAUGUCCGCUACGUUCUCUCCGGACAUACUCAUGACUGCGGCGAUUAACGGGCAGAUCUUACUGUGGGACAGAAGGGUAAACUCAGCAGGACAAGGGGUAGGGAGAUUGUGGAACCAUGAAGCUCCACCCUGGUGUGUCUCAGCGUGUUGGUCUACCGAUGGUUCUCAGAUCUAUAUUGGUAGACGUAAAGCAACAUUGGAUGUAUGGGAUAUUCGGCAGUUAGGUCGAUCUGGGCCUGCUGGCACCCCAAGGCUUUUAAAGACGUUACGAAAUCCUCCCAGCUCAGGGGCAGUCUCCUGUGUCGUACCUUUUCCGGACGGGCGUCACAUCGCCUGUGCAUCGUCAGACAACAUUCGAUUAUGGAAUGCAGCUGAAGCUGGCGAAAGCGAAGGCAUUGGGAAAUCGAAGAGUGGCGUCCAAUUCAAAAUCAUACCUGGGCAUCAUGGGGGGUUUGUGUCACAGAUGGUUGUAGAUCCGGGAGCUCGUUUCCUGGUGAGUGCGAGCAGCAAUCGGGGAUGGCACGGUGAAUCUACUCGAACGGUGUUUGUACACGACAUCAAGGCGGUUCAAUAGAAAUGUCUGUUGUGUCAUGGCGUGUAUGGAAUGGCAUCACGCGCUGGGCUGAAGUGCACAAAUGCAGAGGUCAUAUAGCCAACCAUGGGACGCGCUUUGAGUAAGAUUAGAAUUGUACUAUUUCAAAUGCAGGCAGAUCUGGCAGUAGAUCCCACGGUAUAGCCGCAACUUAAUACAAACGUUGUAUGCACAUGGGCAAGUCGUUAUAG